AUGUCUGCGAACAGUUUGGCGUCAUCCUCAUAUACCAUGAGAGGUCCUUUAAGAUAUGUCACACGGAACUCUACGGGAAGUUCUCCAGGAAAGACUGAGCGAGCCGUGACGCCGUGGCCGCUCUUUUUAAUGCUAUCAGGUCAAUUCCCACCAGCCCUCAGUGUCUCGCAUGCAGAGAGAUCCCUCGGGAUCUUGAACGGCUGGGCGAGUACUUUAGAGCUGCUCAAUGGUACGGAUGCCCAGCUUACUGCCAGUCUUUAUGGGGCGCAGCUGGUCAAUGCCGCUGAGAUCAUGCGCUACACCUAUUCUGCGUGGGAAAGUGCCGACAUUGAGGCUUUCGAGUCGAUGAUCCGGGAUAUUUUCUACCCACCAGCUUCGCAAACGACAGCGUCUUCGACUCAAAACCACCCUUGUCGCAAUGUGAGUCUCGCGAAAUGGGGAACAGGUGGUGAGAAAGCCAUUGUUGGUUUCGGUGUCUUCCUGAACAAUGCGAGGAUGUACAAGGAAGGUCUAGAUCUUUAUCAGAAUUUUGCGUGUGCAGACCUGAACAACACCAUCAACGAGGUUGGACAGAACUCGGAGUCUGGCCGCGACCAAGCUCACACCCAGCUGAGCCUAGGUAAUAUGGCCGAAACAUGUCAAACGGCGUUCAACCAAGGCGACGACUCCUAA